UCUUUCCCUUGAGUUUUCCUCUUUUAGAACUUUGCUUUAUGACAUCAUCAUCUUCAUCAUCAUCAUCAUCAAUUCCAUCAUCAGCAUUCAGUUCUCAGUGACGCACCGUCAGAGACAGUCGUGUUUGCUCGUUGUUCGAUAGUUUUUCAACUUAUCGUCUACGUGUUAUUUAGCAUUAUGGGAGAUUCUUUUGCACACAAGAGCUACUCUCCAGCUCUGGUUAAAGAUUCAGAGACUUAUAUUAGCAUGGAACAACCGCAUUUGUCAGAGAAUCGUGGUUUAGUUUCAGCAACCAAACGGAAAGCUGUUUCAGACCCUGGACCUCCCACAAAAAGGUUUAAGGUUUCUGAUGAAGGCAGACUCGCUGAAAACAACCAGAACAUUAUAGGAAUUGACAAAUUCACAAAGAAAUCCAUUUCCUUUGAUGGUGAGGGAUCUGAAAAUCCAGACAAGGAAUGCAGAUAUUUGGUUCCUGAGAAAGGAUCGUCCUCUGCCAAAAGGAAAGCUGUUUUUCAUCACGAACCUCCCACAAAACGGUCUAGGGUUUCAGAUGAAGGCAGUGUCUCCAGAGAUAACCUGGAUGAGACAAUCAGAGUCUCAAAGAGGCCACGCUCCCCAGAUGGUGAGGGAUCUGGAAGUCCAGCAAAGAGACUCAGACUGUCUGAUUCUGAGAGUCCCUCGCUUUCAGCCAAAGAUCAGUUCGAGGCAAAAUACAAGCAAAAAGAUCAGCUCGGAAAGGGCGGCUGUGGAUCUGUUUAUGGUGGCUACCGCAGGGCAGACAAUUUACCUGUGGCAAUCAAACAUAUACCAAAGGAAAAUGUAGUCUGGACAGAUACGGACGAGAACGGCCAGCAGCUCACCAUUGAGGUAGCCGCCAUGCUAAAACUCCAGACAGAAUCAGCUGAUUCGGUGGGGAAGUCAGCCCCAAUUUCCCUCCUGGACUGGUAUGACUUCGACCAGGAACAAAUUCUAGUGUUGGAGAGACCGGUGCCUGCAGUGGACCUCUCACAGUUUAUUGAAAAUAACAAAGAGCCCCUACAGGAGAAUCAGGCUAAAACUAUUAUAAAACAGCUGGUUGAUGCCGUCAAACAUCUGGAGGACACCAACAUCUUCCACAGAGACAUUAAACCAACAAAUAUUCUGAUUGAAACAGGAUCAGAAAUCCCGCGACUGCGACUGAUUGACUUUGGACUGAGUUGUUUCACCAACACAGAAUAUGAAGACGGCUGGUUCUACGGCACAGCGAAACACGCCCCUCCUGAGUAUAUUUCUGAAUGCAUUUAUGAGGCAGGACCAGCAACCGUGUGGCAGGUGGGAGUUGUUCUCUAUGAAAUGCUCCACGAAAGUUUGUUUGACUCAAGAAAGUUACUCGACAACGAACUCAGAAUCAGGACGGAUCUCUCUACAGACUGUAAGAGAUUCCUAAAGAGCUGUUUCUGUUUGAGCCCAGGGUGGCGUCCCACCUUAAAGGAGCUCCAGUGUCACCCUUGGCUUUUGUAA